UAAGGACAGAAGUUUGUCCCUUAUCAGUUUAAGAUCCUAUAUAUAACCUGAGAUGAUAUGAGUUUAUAUAAAACAAAAUGUCAUGUUUAUACAUAAAUGGAAAUAUUGUGCACCUAUUUACGUUUUUGAUAACGAUUUCAACGUCAUCCUGCUUCCUAUUCAAUGGAAGCUCUGAUCUCUGUGUUUACUUGGUGAACUUGAACUGUACACAUCAUGCCAGCGGUACUCUUUGCGGUUCCAAUAAAAUCACAUACGCAAACCAUUGUGAAUUUUCAAAGGCCGUGUGCAUUGAUACGUCAUUAUCUAUAAAGAAGCCAGGACCAUGUGAACACGAGAAAGUCGAGCAAGAUAUUGUACUGGGGAUAGCUUGUGAAUCACUUCUCCAUAUGAACUGUUCAACCUUCAGGGGUAGUAUCAAGUACUGCGGUACAAAUGGCAUAACCUAUGCAAACGUAUGCCAUUUUGAGCAAGCACGAUGCAUAUAUCACAAUUUGUAUCUGGACCAUUUCGGAGACUGUGCACACAGUGUUUAAAUUCACCUGCUUUGGGGGAUUUGUGAAUGGAAUUGUCAAUCUUAUUUCAGAAAAUAAACACAAACUAUAAAAAGUUUUAUUGUGUAUAUUUUA